AUGCCCGAAUCUACUUCGUCGGCUGUCGAUAUCAACAGCGGCCCCAGAGGUCGCCGUCACUCGGUUCUAUCAGACUUCCUCCCCGGCAGUUUAACCUUCCCUUCGUCGUUUGUGGCUACAGCUCCGAGUGUCCAAGAAAUUCUAAACCGAGAUAUCGAAGAUUGCUCUUCCGACGAAGAAGAAGAGGACGAAGAAGCUCAUGUUGCCACUGACGAUUCUGAAUCGAGACACGUUGAUUCUGCCGAUGUUCAGCUAGCAUUCCAUUCCAACGGGGUCGCAUACGGGUGCGGCUUUUCUACUAUCCCGCUUCCCGGCAUAGACCUUCCUGUUUCCAACCCACACGAGCAAGAUGAAUCCCUGCAAGCCGAAAUCGACCUGCUACGUGACAACGACAUCCUUCCCCCAAAACACCCUCGAGCACGGAGAGCUAGCGUCGUCGAGCGCGCAUACCGAACCGUCUUUAGCACAAGAGUACAAGACCACCAUGCUGCUGCCGAAGAGCCUACUGAAGAGACGCGACUUCUACCAGAUGUAACGGCAGGCUUCGAAAACGGACUUGCAACGCCGCCUUCCGACGAAAUACAUAAAAAAUGGGAGCAAGCCGUAGCGGCACAUGAUAUCGAGACGACCUGGCAGCGUGAAGCGAAGACGCUGGUGCAAUAUGCGGCACCUUUGAUUAUCACGUUCUUGCUCCACUACUCGGUUACUGUGGCCAGUGUGCUCACGGUCGGUCGUCUUGGAAUGGAGGAGCUGGCAGCCGUGAAUCUGGCCACCAUGACGGCGAGCAUCACUUACUACGUCCCUGUACAAGGCCUAGCAACUUGCCUCGAUACCCUUUGCGCCCAAGCUUACGGAUCUGGCCACAAACAUCUCGUGGGGGUUCAAGCCCAGCGCAUGACUUGGAUACUUUGGAUUCUAAUGCUCCCCAUCGCCGUGGUCUGGUGGUUCUCGGAGCCAAUACUCUCAGCUCUCGUCGGCAAGGGGCAAACAGCAACGCUUGCAGCUCUCUAUCUGCGCGUUUUGAUUGCCGGUAUGCCUGGAGUCGCCGCCUUUGAAAGUGCAAAGCGGUUUGUGCAGUCGCAGGGUCUGUUUCAUGCCACGACUUACACACUGCUCAUCGGUGCUCCCCUGAGUUUCCUGCAAAACUGGCUAUUCGUCUUUCGAGCUGGCUGGGGCUUUGCUGGAGCCGCAACGGCUAUGGCAGUGACUCAAAAUUUGUUGCCGAUUCUAGUCAUCUUUUACGUCAUGUUGUUCGAAGGCGGGCAAUGCUGGAAAGGCCUCAGCUGGAAGGCAUUCAGCAACUGGGGCCCAAUGAUAAGGCUGGCUCUCCCUGGCAUGAUCAUGAUAGAAGCCCAGUUUUCCGUCUUGGAGAUUCUUACCAUCGCCGCUGGUCGUUUUGGAACUGCUCAGCUAGCAGCGCAGAGCGUCCUUGUCACUAUGACAUCGACGUCAUUCAACAUUCCCUUUCCGUUGGCCAUUGCAACAUCUACUCGAGUUGCCAAUCUAAUUGGAGCGCAUCUGAGUGACGCUGCCCGAACAACUGCAAGAGUGGCUAUUGUCGCGGCUUGCGUUGUUGGACUCUUCAAUCUAACGAUAUUUGUCACGCUUCGCAAACAACUACCACGGAUCUUUACAGAAGAUGACGAGGUUGUCGAUAUUGCCUCACAGGUUAUCCUCGUCUGUGCAAUAAUGCAAAUUUUCGAUGCCAUGGCCGCCGUAUCUCACGGUCUCCUCCGAGGAAUCGGGCACCAAGCGAUUGGAGGCUACGCCAACUUGUUUUCAUAUUAUCUUGUGGCCCUGCCCAUCGCACUGGGUACGAGUUUCGGUCUAGGCUGGAAGCUAGCCGGUCUUUGGGUCGGAUUGACCGUCGGCCUUGCCGUCGUCUCGGGGAUCGAAACUCUGUAUCUCUAUCUAACUGAUUGGGAGACUGCUGUGGCUCAGGCUGAAGCUCGGAUGCGAUCAGAGACACGGAGGAUGUCGGUGGUUGUGUAAUUUUCACUGCUCAUUAAGAAGUUCAGCCACCUCAGCUUUUAGAUGCAACAUGCUAUGGCUGCGGAGGCAGAGACCAGUUAUCCUUUUAUCAAAAUAUUUCUCAUCGCUUCAAAA